AUGUCUGAACAGGAAAAGAAGGACGCUGUGGAAGCCACUGCCGAGACUGUGCACGACCCUCAGUUUGACCCCGUGGUCAAGCUCGAGCACCAAGUCGAGGUGAAGACGAACGAGGAAGACGAAGAGGCCAUGUUUAAAAUUCGCGCCAAGCUGUUCCGCUUUGACAAAGAAUCGAAGGAGUGGAAGGAGCGUGGCACGGGUGAUGUGCGUCUCUUGAAGCACAAAGAUACCGGCAAGAUCCGUCUUGUCAUGCGCCGCGACAAGACACUGAAAGUGUGCGCGAACCACUUUGCUUCUCCCGACAUUAAGCUGCAGCCCAACGUUGGCUCGGACCGCUCUUGGGUGUACAAUGUCUCUGCCGACGUUUCGGAUGGCGAGCCUGUGGCGGAGACGCUAGCGAUUCGUUUCGCCAACUCAGAGAAUGCAAACUUGUUUAAAAAGGAGUUCGAGGCUGCGCAGAAGUCCAACGAGGCUGCAGGGUCCAGCGCUGCGAAGAAGGACGACAGCAAGCCUGCCGACAAGGACGCUAAAGAGAGCAAGCCUACGGAGGAGACCAAGUCGUGA